GAUUUUGUCUUGGCAUUCGUUCUCGCCAUGGUCAUUCGAACUAGAGGAUCUAGUGCCCGUCACACACAUUAACACUUUUUGCAGAUUCUCCUACUUAUUUCAUAUCCAAUUUUUUUUAGAUGUCGGGCUGUGAAUGAUUAUCCAUUUCUUCCGAUUUGUGUACGCGUCAUCUAAGAAAAAGACGAACAUAAAGAAUUCAAAUUGACACAACAAUGGUCUCCCGUGGGAAAAUAAUGGAUGUCGUCAGGAUGACUCAUGCGACGUUUUAUUGUAGUGAUACAAAGUUGAUAUACUUGGCUGUCAAUUUACAAAUUCUACUGUAUUGUAGAUUUGUUAAUGCAGCAAGUAUCGAGACAAGAAUAGGGCAAUGUGUCCUGCCUUCUGAAAGUGGGGUCAAAGUGUGGAGUCUUUGCACCAAACAGAUGAUCGAUGCGUGUCAACCCGGGAUGUAUCAAUCGGACAAUUGCUCCAUUAGUCAAGCAUCGUGCAAGUCUUGUUCCAGGGGGUCGUUCACACCAGGCUGGAAUAAUUGUUCGGUUUGCUUUCAGUGUUCCACAUGUGAAUUUGGAAUAGAAGAAGAUUGCUCUGCUGACCGAGACACUCGAUGUAAACUUGUUCCUGAUGAGCCAGAGAAAAUACAAGUUACAUCUACAGGACCUUUACUACGUAAUGGAACAAAAUCGUCUGAAACAGCUAUUUUUGAAAGUCAAAACCCGGUGAAAUCAGUUCCUCUUAAGAAUGUUACAAACCCAGAAUUGGCAUCAGGGUGCGAUUGUGGAAUUCAGAUUGAUGUAGCCCACGUUCCAGCAUAUGUUGUCUUGAUUCUGAUUAUCCUUUUUCUCUUACCUGGGAAUGCGUUAUAUAUCAGGGAUCGAAGACGAAAAGCUUGUGACAGGCUGCAAGAAGAAGAUUUCAAAGCUGUCACCCCUCAACAUGCUCAACAUGAAGAGAUACCCCUACGUUCCGAUGAUAAUAACGUUCAUGACAUAGAUGAAAUGCAAGCUGGAUAAUCUGCGUACAGGGAGUGUUACAUGAAGAUUUUUGUUAGUGAUUUCAAACGAAAUGUUGGAAGCUAUAUAUACUGGAAAUACUUGUUUUUUGAUUGGCUAAGAGCAAGCUAGUGGAAAACACUGACAAAA